AUGGCUCUCUCCGCCAUCCUGUUCUUCAUUCUCUUCAUUGGCCUCCUGCUCCUCUGGGGCUGCCCUGCUUUCCGGGGCCACCUCCCUCCUGGACCCUGGCCUCUGCCCUUCCUGGGGAAUGUCCUGCAAAUGGACCAGAAAGGCCUCCUCAAGUCUUUCCAGGUGCUGCGGGAGAAAUAUGGGGAUGUCUUUACCGUCUAUCUGGGGUCUCGGCCAGCUGUCAUCCUGUUGGGGUACGAAGCAAUGAAGGAGGCUCUGGUGGAUCAGGCUGAAGCGUUCUCUGGCCGAGGGCACAUCACCAUCAUUGACUCUCUCUUCCAGGAACCAGGUCUGGGUCUUGCCAGUGGGAAUUCAUGGAAGGUUCUACGGCAAUUUUCUGUGACCACCAUGAAGGACUUUGGGAUGGGGAAGCGGAGGAUUGAGGAACGAAUCAAGGAGGAGGCUCAGUCUCUGGUGGAGGAGCUUCGGAAAUCCCAGGGGGCCUACCUGGAUCCUCAUUUCCUUUUUAACUCCAUCAGUGCCAACAUAAUCUGCUCCAUUGUCUUUGGUGAGCGCUUUAAUUAUCAGGACCCUAGACUAUUACAGCUGCUACAUUUACUUAAUGAAAUCUUCAUCAUUCUCUCCUCCUUCUACACCCAGGUGUUUGAAAUCUUCCCGGGCAUCUUGAAACACUUUCCUGGCAAACACAUCCGCUUGUACAGCAUGAUUGAAGAAGUGAAAGCUUUUAUCACUGAGAACGUGGAGAGGCACCAGAAGAUGCUGGAUCCCAGUGGCCCUAAGGACUUCAUUGAUUCCUUCCUGCUUCGCAUGGACAAGGAGCGCUCAAAUCCUGAGAGUGAGUUUCACCAGGAGCAUCUCGUUAACACGGUGCUCUCACUGUUCUUUGCUGGUACAGAGACCUCCAGCUCCACACUCUGCUUUGGGUUUCUACUCCUUCUUAAGAACCCUGGUGUCUUCGAGAAAGUCCAGGCAGAAAUCGACAGAGUGAUUGGUGCACACCGUCUCCCAGCUCUGGAAGAUCGGGCAAAAAUGUCUUAUACAGAUGCCAUCAUCCACGAGAUUCAGAGAUUCAGUGACCUAGUCCCUCUUGGUGUCCCCCACUCUGUCAUCAAGGACACUCACUUCUGA